CAGUAAGGUAGGGGCUGGGGUAGCGGGGCAGCAGGGGUGGGCGCGUGCGUGUUCCGCCGGCCCGGAAGGGGAGCUGCGUGGUGGAGCAUUUCAGAUCUGCUUGGUGAACCUGCUGCUGACCCACCAUGCUGGCCGCAAGGCUCGUGUGUCUCCGGACACUGCCUUCCAGGGUUGUCCACCCAACUUUCACCAAGGCUUCUCCUGUUGUGAAGAAUUCCAUCACAAAGAAUCAGUGGCUCCUCACACCCAGCAGGGAAUAUGCCACCAAGACCAGGAUUGGAGUCCGACGUGGGAAAACUGGCCAAGAACUCAAAGAGGCUGCUUUGCAACCCUCGGCGGAAAAAAUAUUUAAAAUUGAUCAGAUGGGAAGAUGGUUUGUUGCUGGAGGGGCUGCUGUGGGGCUCGGAGCCUUGUGCUACUACGGCCUGGGCAUGUCUAAUGAGAUCGGAGCCAUCGAGAAGGCUGUAAUUUGGCCUCAGUACGUGAAGGACAGAAUCCACUCCACCUACAUGUACCUGGCAGGGAGUAUCAGUCUCACGGCUCUGUCUGCCAUGGCAGUCACCAGGACUCCUGUCCUCAUGAACUUCAUGACCAAGGGCUCCUGGGUGACCAUUGGUGCCACCUUUGCAGCCAUGAUUGGAGCUGGAAUGCUGGUACAGUCCAUAUCGUAUGAGCAGAGCCCAGGACCAAAGCAUCUUGCGUGGAUGCUGCAUUCUGGUGUGAUGGGUGCAGUGGUGGCUCCCCUGGCAAUUCUCGGGGGGCCUCUCCUCAUCAGAGCCGCGUGGUACACCGCUGGCAUUGUGGGCGGCCUCUCCACCGUGGCCAUGUGCGCACCCAGUGAGAAGUUCCUGAACAUGGGCGCCCCGCUGGGAGUGGGCCUGGGUCUCGUCUUUGCGUCCUCUCUGGGUUCUAUGUUUCUGCCACCCACCUCUGUGGCUGGUGCCACCCUGUACUCGGUGGCUGUGUAUGGUGGAUUAGUUCUGUUCAGCAUGUUCCUUCUGUUUGAUACCCAAAAAGUAAUCAAGCGUGCAGAAGUAACACCGAUGUAUGGAGUUCACAAAUACGAUCCCAUCAACUCGAUGCUGGGGAUCUACAUGGACACACUGAAUAUAUUUAUGCGAGUGGCAACGAUGCUAGCAGCUGGAGGCAACAGGAAGAAAUGAAGCAGCCCUGCUCGGGCUUCUGUGCAGCACCUGACGUCUCGCUUGUCCGGCAGGGGCUGAUGUCCACUAAAUCGUUUGUCCAAGCAGCUUGCUUUGAAGUUCACAAGAUACGUGUCCACCUGUGUAAUUGUUCCAGUAAUGUCACGCUUCCCAUCAUUUCGUUGUAGAGAAUAAAUUCAGUGUUCUCUUCCAGAUAAGCGCACACAUUUCCAAUUCUCAUGUUUCAAUAAUUUUUUAAAAUGUAGAAAGUAAGGCCUCUAUUAAAAGAAGUCAAAUCUCAUACCUGUUUUUAAUUACUAGCUGAAGUGCAAAUCACUCGGGACACUUCCCUGCGUGGGUUUAAUGAUGCAGAGGUGUGUGACUGGACCCGGAAGGAAGUCUGUUGGCGCUUGUGUGCCUGACAACGAGCCAGGGAGAGACGACCCAGGAUUUGCAAAGCGGCACCAGGCGGCUGCCUCUGGGACCCUCACUGACGCAGCGACAGGGGCGCUGGCUUCUCCUGGGGCCACCCCUGGGCUGUCUGUGCUCACAGCUGACUCCCCGGCAGGGCAGGACGCACUGGGCCACCCUGGACUGUGCCCCCUGUAGAGACUUCCUGCCGGAACUAGGCCAGCAGGAGCUCCGUUUCAGAAUCUCCCAGAACAAAAUAUCCUCCAAGCUUUUCUCAAAAGCAUUCAGACCAUGAGACGUGUUGCUUUUUGUAAGGACGCAGACAGCACGUUGAGAAUCGCUGAGGUGUUGGGCUCCUGCUUUGCUGUGCCUGUGGCAGUGGCGUCGUGGCAUACAAGCUUGCUGCGUGUGUGUCUUCCAACUCUGAAGCUUUGACAAGAAAAAUCUAUUUUGACUUACACAUGAGAUCAUAAAAGCAGUUUUUCACCUAAAACUGUUCCUUGCAUUCCCUCUCAGAGUAAGCACUAAAAAGUAAAGCAAAAACUAAUUCAUCUUUAUGAAGCAUGUUUGGAAAAAAAAAAUAAGCUUAGUUGCCCCAGACAGAUCCUUCUGUCCUGCAUAUGUCACUUGAGCUUUCUUGGGACGUUUGUACGCUUUUUGAUAAAAGAGGAGAAAAAGUGGUUUUUGAGGAGUCCUUGUCUUCAUGAUUAUUGGAAUGAUUGCUAUUUUUGAGAAAUGUUCAGGAAAUAACUAUUUUAACCAUCUCAAAGUACAUAGAAUAUUUAUUUCUGAAGUAAUAAAGUGCCAGCAAGAUGA